GGGGUGCUGUCCAGUGGUGUGGUACAGAGAGCCAGAGAAUUAGUUUUCUGCAGCUGUUUUGAAGAGAGAGAGGGAAAGGAGAAAGCGGGUGAGGGAGGAGAGAGGGGAAAAAGACAGCCAACUCAUCUGACACUGACAGUGGGCCAAAGAAAGGGAAGAAGAGGGAGCAAAAUCACAGUAAAAGGAGUGGAAGAGAGAGGAGAGAACUAGGGAAAAAACUGAGCAGGCUAAGGGGAGAGACAGAAGGGGAGAGAGAGAGGAGGGUGGUGAGAAACUUAACCCAGAAAAGAAGAGCAAGUGAAAACAGUGAGACCACCAGCAGCAGUGAACGAGUGAGAGUGGACAGGAUGUCGACUCUCCCUCCUGAGGUUGCCACUGAAGAUGCCACCAAACAGAGCUUCUGGAUGCCUGGGAACUACCAGCGCACGGUGAAGCGCACGGAGGAUGCCUUCCAGGCGUGUAAUGACAUCGUGGUGUGCUUCCAGGAGAGAGCCCGUGUGGAGAGGCAGUACGCUCAGCAACUCAGCGAGUGGAGCAACAAGUGGAAGCCCCUGGUGGACUCCAGCCCGCUAUAUGGAUCCCUCCUGCAGGCGUGGCAGUGUUUCCUCUCCUCCGCCGACCGCCUCGCCGCCCUGCACUCGUCCGUGUGUCGCUCCCUGGUUUCGGAGGACGGGGACCGGGUCAGGACCUGGCAGAAAGAGACCUUCCAUAAGAAGCUCUUUGGAGGUUUCAAGGAGUCCCAGGACUUUGGGACUGGCUUCGCACGUGCUCAGAAGCCCUGGGCCAAACGGCUGAAGAAGCUGGACAAAGCCAGGAGUGCGUUCCAUAAAGUGCAGCGUAAGGAGCAGACUGCCAAGGACCGGGAGGUCCACGCCAAGGGCAACCCUGACGUGGCCAUCGAGAAACAGAAGAAGAUUCAGGAGGAAAGAGAGCUGGCUCAGCAGGAGACGGAGAAAGUGCGAGCCCGCUAUGAGAAGGUUCUGGAGGAGGUGACCCGCUAUGCCCCUCGCUACAUGGAGGAGAUGGAGUGUAUUUUUGACCAAUCACAGGAGGAGGAGAGGAAGAGGAUCAGCUUCCUUAAACAGGCCUUCCUGUCCGUCCACAGACACCUGGACGUCACCAACAACGAGAGUGUGAAGGCUGUGUAUAAUGAGCUCCACAACACUCUUAUGGCCAUCAGUGAGCAGGACGACCUGCGCUGGUGGAAGAACACCCACGGACCGGGCAUGCCCACUGACUGGCCUCAGUUCCAGGAGUGGACGCCAGAGAAGAAAAGCAAAAAGGGGAAGAAAGAGAAAGAGGUGGAGUCACAGCAAGGCACCAUAGAGAGGAGUGUAAUGAUCGGAGGAGUUAAGGUCAGGGCUCUCUAUGACUAUGACGGACAGGAGACAGAUGAGCUCUCCUUUAAAGCAGGUGAGGAGUUUCUGAAGACUGAGGAUGAGGAUGACCAGGGCUGGUGUAGAGGGAUGAAGGAUGGAGGGAGAGAGGGACUCUACCCAGCCAACUAUGUAGAGACGGUGUAGUUACACCACUAUGUUUGUAAAAAGAAAUAGAUAGAAUGAAAAUGAAAGUGACUCAUUUUGAUAAGAAACAUUGUGUCUGAAAUGAUCCUCAGCCGAUGUGUACUGUGUAUUGUUCCUUAAUGAAUCCAGGCUGCAUCACAUCCGGCCGUGAUUGGGAGUCCCACAGGGCGACGCACAAUUGGCCCAGCGUCGUCCGGGUUAGGGUUUGGUAGGUGUAGGCCGUCAUUGUAAAUUAGAAUUUGUUCUUAACUGACUUGCCUAGUUAAAUAAAGGUUAAAUAAAGGUUAAAUAAAGGUUACACAUUUGUUAUGAAUAAAUAAAUAGUAAUACAUGUAAAAAGUGCCCAUCUGCAGGAAAGCGUUGAUCCAAAGAGAACACACUAUGGGGAUAUGAUAGCUCUGAACUGUUGGCAUACCUACACGGCAUCAAAUAUCCAGGUUUUUUUCUUCUUUAAAAUAUGUUGGAAAUGUUUAAUAUAUUUACCUGAGACACCUAUAUGAAAGCUAUAUGAUGUAUGAUGCCUUUUUUGUACAAUUUGACAGAUGCGAUGCUGAUUCUAUAGGUACUGUACAUGUCACCUCUUGAUGCUGAAGCCAUACUGUAUGGUUGCUGUUCUUAUAGAGCUAAACUCUCCUGUUCGCUUUAGUGAAACAUAUAUUUAUGUAGAAAUAAGUGCUUAUCACAGUGCUUCGACAGGCUUUAAUCAGUGAUUAUUAUGAACGGGGUGAAACUUUGACAAUGAGCACAAUUCAUCAAUACCUGUAGCCUGAUCAGUAAUAGUAUGAGCAGUAAUGUCUCCUGUACCCUGUGUGUGUUAUAAGAGUACGAUGUGACAGGAUUGGGAUCUCCUUUCAGAGGGACUGUAAUAGAUCUCCUCUCAUCGCCUUCUUGAUGGCAACUCCCCUUAAUAGAACCUUUGCCAAAGUGAAGGAUAGGAUGUCAUUUCUGGGCCUGUCCACGUUCUGGUUUUUCUUUUCCAUUUCUAAAUGCGUGUAUAUGUGAGUGUGUACUACACAUGCAUGUGUGUGUAUAUGUGAGUGUGUACUACACAUGCAUGUGUGUGUAUAUGUGAGUGUGUACUAUACAUGCAUGUGUGUGUAUAUGUGAGUGUGUACUACACAUGCAUGUGUGUGUAUAUGUGAGUGUGUACUAUACAUGCAUGUGUGUGUAUAUGUGAGUGUGUACUACACAUGCAUGUGUGUGUGUAUGUGAGUGUGUACUAUACAUGCAUGUGUGUGUAUAUGUGAGUGUGUACUAUACAUGCAUGUGUGUGUAUAUGUGAGUGUGUACUAUACAUGCAUGUGUGUGUAUAUGUGAGUGUGUACUAUACAUGCAUGUGUGUGUAUAUGUGAGUGUGUACUAUACAUGCAUGUGUGUGAAAGGUAAGCCUCGGCCCUCAUUGUCUCUUGUAGUAGUAUAUUUGAGCCUUUCAUACUGUAAGUGCCUUUCUAAAUAAAAUGAAACUAAACUAAUGUUGAUAA